AUGGAAAAAUAUCGUUGGCAUAAGUUGAUUUUGUGGCUAACGACGGCACAAGGAUUCAUAGUAUCGUGUAAUCGUGUUGGUGGAGAAGAAGGUUGCGGUGCAAGACUGCUUUUACUUUGGUCUUUCUACAUGUAUAAUCCAAAAUCGUUUUAUUAUGUGAGUUAG